AUGCUUUUCGUGUGUUUUGAUUUUAGAGAAUUCCAGUUCGCACAGACAUUAAUAUUUGCUGUGGAGGAAAUAAACAAAAAUCCCAACAUUUUGCCUGGAGUUUCCCUGGGAUUCAGAAUAUACAAUCACUGCGGAUCUAUGGAUAUACUUAGAUCUUCAUUGGCUUUGUUAAAUGCUAAUUUAAGUUCAACAACAAAUGAAAAAUGCAAAACCCAAUCAGCCCAAGCCAUUAUUGGACAUUCUGGGUCAACACCAACAAUAGCCAUUGCAAGGACUGUUGGGCAGUUCCAUAUUCCUAUCAGUCACUUUGCAACCUGUGCUUGCCUAAGUGACAGAAAACAUUUCCCCUCCUUCUUCAGAACAAUCCCUAGUGAUUAUUACCAAAGCAGAGCACUGGCUCAGCUGGUAAAAAACUUUGGCUGGACCUGGGUAGGAGCCAUAAGCAAUGGAAAUGACUAUGGCCUGAAUGGCAUUGCCAUGUUCAUAAUGGCGGCCCAUGAAGAGGGAGUGUGUAUUGAGUAUUCAGCAGCUUUUGAGAUCACUAGUCCCCACCACAAAAUACUCCAAGUAGUAGACAUUAUCAAACAGUCCACAUCAAAAGUAAUAAUAGCCUACAUGUCUCACAGAGAGAUUAAGAUUUUGGUGGAGGAGUUAUACAAACAGAGCAUUACAGGACUGCAGUGGAUUGGAAGUGAUGCAUGGAUCUCAGAUAACUCUCUUACAGAAAGCAUAGGACACAUGUCUUUAAUUGGCUCAAUUGGGUUUACUGUGCCCAGCGUCACAAUUCCUGAAUUAGGCAAUUUUUUAGAGAAUGUGAAUCCUUUACAAUUCCCCAACAGCAUGUUUCUUAAAGACUUUUGGGAAAGUAUAUUUAACUGCUCAUUGAGUAACAGGGAAGGCAUAAGGAGUUGUAAUGGCUCUGAGCACUUAAAAGAUGUAAAAAACUCCUUUACUGAUGUUUCAGAUCUAAGAGUCACUAACAAUGUCUAUAAGGCUGUAUAUGCAAUUGGACAUGCAGUACACAAUUUACUUUCAUGUAAGCAGAGCAACAGCACAAUUUUUAAUUCAAAAUGUAUAGAUCAUUCGAAAAUACAGCCUGGGGAGGUUUUAAAUUACUUGCAAAAUGUAAAUUUUACUACACGCCAUGGAGAAAAUGUAUUUUUCAGUAACAAUGGUGAUUUACCAGCAAAAUAUGAGUUAAUUAAUUUGCAAAAGUUCUCUGAAGACACCACAAAAGUAGUAACAGUAGGCUACUAUGAUGCAUCCUUGCCUAAAGACCGACAACUUACUUUGAAUGGAGUUAAAAUUUUAUGGAAUGGAGGAAGCAGAAUGGUACCGGUGUCUGUUUGCAGUGAGAGAUGUCCCCCAGGCACCAGAAGAGCUGUACAGAAAGGGAGGCCUGUCUGUUGCUUUGACUGCAUACAAUGUGCACCAGGAGAAAUAAGUAACACAACAGAUUCACCUAACUGCUGGAAAUGCCCAGUGCAAUAUUGGUCAAACACAAGAGGAGAUGCCUGCAUUCCAAAAGAAGUUGAAUUUUUAUCAUACACAGAUAUAAUGGGAAUAUUGCUUGCAUUUUUUUGUUUAAUUGGGGUGUUGUUUACUAUUAUAACUAUAUUUAUUUUCUACUACAAUAAAAAUACUCCUAUUGUUAGGGCCAACAACUCUGGGCUAAGCUUUUUGCUCCUUUUCUCUCUGACACUGUGUUUUCUUUCUUCACUUACUUUCAUUGGUCGGCCAUCUGAGUGGUCCUGUAUGCUGCGUCACACAGCAUUUGGUAUUACCUUUGUUCUCUGCAUCUCAUGUGUUUUAGGGAAAACAAUAGUGGUGUUAAUGGCCUUCAGGGCCACACGUCCAGGAAGCAAUGUUAUGAAAUGGUUUGGGCCUCUACAGCAGAGACUCAGUGUUCUUGCCUUUACCAUCAUACAGAUUCUAAUUUGUUUGUUUUGGUUAACAUCAUCACCUCCAUUUCCUUAUAUGAAUAUGAAUUAUUACCAAGAAAAAAUCUUGUUAGAGUGCAAUGUGGGUUCAGCUGUAGGUUUCUGGGCCGUAUUGGGAUAUAUAAGCUUGCUUGCCAGUUUAUGCUUUGUUUUGGCUUUUGUGGCUCGAAAACUGCCUGAUCAUUUUAAUGAGGCAAAAUUUAUCACAUUCAGUAUGCUGAUUUUUUGUGCAGUUUGGAUUACCUUUAUCCCAGCUUAUGUCAGCUCUCCUGGAAAAUUCACUGUAGCUGUAGAAAUAUUUGCCAUUUUAGCAUCAAGUUACAGUUUGCUAUUCUGUAUUUUUGCACCAAAAUGUUAUGUAAUUUUAUUGAAGCCUGAAAGGAACACUAAAAGGCAAAUAAUGGGAAAUACUAAAUGA